ACUAUCAAAAUAUCCAGCAUAUAAAUACAUUACACGUCAUCAGAGCAGUAAAUAAUACACAUAAUAAUAUUUUUUGGGGAGGGUUUUGUAUAUUAAUGUUGCACAUAACACAGAAAUAUAAUGUCUGUUCAGUCCUAUGGCUGUAGAAGCUCAUCCCAGAUUUGCAGGCCUGACUACGCUGCAGGAUCCCGAUUUGUUGGGUGUCUAAAGUCUUUACUGACGUCAGGGGAUGAAGAAGCCGCCACUACGCUACUUACGGAUGAAGUCAAACACGUGGAUGCCAUUAUCGAGCUCUCCAAUGAUGACUGGAUGAAGGAGACGACGGCACCAAUCCCUCCACAAGUGUUACUGGGCCUGUGGACGCUGGAAUAUACUCAGGAGCUGACAUCCCCCUUGUGCAUCACAUCAUCUCGUGGCUAUACAGAAUGUGUCCGGUAUCUCCUACAUCGCCGCGCAGAUCCCAAUGCUGCCCCUGGAGGGCGCUCUCCGUUACAUGAAGCCUGCUCUGGAGGGCAUGAUGACUGCGUUCAACUACUGCUGGAACAUGGAGCCAACCCCAACCAACGCAGCGACGAUGGCCGAGUCCCACUACAUUUCUGUGAAACGAAGAGCUCUCUAAGAUGUGCAGAGCUGCUCUUACAACAUGGGGCUCUUGUGAACCAGACCACGGAGGAACUGCAAGACACCUCGCUCCACAUUGCAGCACGGCUAGGACUACUGGAUCAUGUGGAGUUAUACCUUCAUGGAGGUGCCAUCAGUGCCAUCAACUGCAAGAACUUAGAUGGUGAGACCCCGUUGAUUGCAGCAUGUGGGGGGAAUGGAGGUGAUGGGAAUAUCCGCCUGCAGCUCUGCCAGCUUCUCUUAGAGGAAGGAGCUGAUCCUGAGGCUCAAGAUCAACAAGAGAGGCGACCAGUACACCAUGCCUGCCGCAAGGCUGACCACCGCCUGGUGGAGCUUCUACUGGCUGCUGGUGUGGAUGUGAAUGCUACAGAUUAUAAUGGAGUUCUGCCCCUUAGCUGUGUUCUGCAAAGUGCCGAGCUAUACAGAGAGAGGAGACCUCAUCUUACUGUGCGUGCUUUACUUAACCAUGGAGCCCGCUGCGUCUAUCCAGAGGCUUUUGGGAUGGUGCUGCGUUACUGUUCCGGAGUUCCGGAGGUCAUCUCUCUCCUGUACAGCUCAUACUUAAGCCUUGAGGUCUGCAGCAGAUGGCGACAGGAUAUCCCGGAAAACGUGUUCCAGAUAUGGAGAAAUCCGGGCAGCACCACUGAAGCAACUGGAAAUCCUGGACGAGCCCCGCUGACUGUAAUAAGACUCUGUCCCUGUGACCUGACUGAGCUGCACCCUCCGCCUCGGAGAGAGAGGACAAUGCGUGACUUCCUUGUCCUCAUUACUUGGUCCGAAGUCUCCCUGUAAAUGGAGUGUCAGGUGUAUUGUAUGUGAGCUUGUACUGUACCAUCAUCAUAUAUGGCAAGAAGUAUAUCUACGUGUGAUCAAUGUCACAUAAUAUUAUUUUGGAAAUGCUUUAAGGAUAGAUAGAUAGAUAGAUAGAUAGAUAGAUAGAUAGAUAGAUAGAUAGAUAGAUAGAUAGAUAGAUAGAUAGAUAGAUCUAUAUAAAAUCCAAAUUAUUGCUUAUGCAGUUAAAUAGCACACAACAAGAAAAGGCCAAUGUGUUGUAAGUCAGACAGACAGACACAAACCCCUUUCAUCUACAUAUACAGAGAUAUAGAAUGACUUACUGUCACUGACCCGCAGAUACAGACACACGCUGUCAUGCAGAUAGCUGUCCCCAUACAGGCAGAAGCUGACAGUCCGUCAUAUUAGAGAUCUGCAUGUGACACAUUUAGACUGGCAGAUAGAUACAAGUACACACUGACACAACCAGACAGUGUCACACAGAUAAACAGGGACACUUAAUAACUCAUUAUGAGUCAGUGACAUGUUGUUAUAUAGAGUGACUUGGUACUACUUGGCGGUAGUAUCAGGUGGCUGUAUAAAACAAAGAUAAAUACAGUGGCAUAUUUGAUGCAGACACAGGACUAGACGUUCUUACAGAUGCCACUUCAGCUAUAGGAGCCUGAGAAGCGUAACAGGACAGAGCAGAAUUCACGACAAUACCAGACGUGGGUUGUACAGCUGUACAGGCUGUUUCUAUGUCACUGUGCUUUUAAAUGGAAGCAUAUAUUUGCAGAAUCACUAUUACUUAAUAACACUUAUUUCUAUAGAGGACACAUAUUAUACAACGCUUUAUAGACAAUGGGGUAAAUGUGAUCCAGGAAUCAGUGAGUUCUCACUGUUUUAAAGGGGGCAAUUAAAAAAAAAAAAAGGCAUAACCAUCCCAGUGUGGUAUUUAAAUGACUGCCCGUUUAAAACAAAAAAAGCUGAAGAAAGUUAAAAUAAUAAAAAAAAAUAUAUAUUAUUAUACUACUAGGAUUUGCCUUAUUUAUGAUUUCAAAGACAUAUAAGAGUCACCUGGUGCUAGAGUUAAGAGUCUUAAUUACAUGUAGCACUUUUGAAUGUUUUCCAAAUUGUACACAGAAAUGCGUUUCUCCAUCAAACUGGCCAAAUGCGUCCCAUUAGAGUUAUAGCAUUUUAUAAAGUUAUCCUUUUAUUAUCAAUAACACAAAGGACUGUACAUACCUUUAGGAAGGAAUACCAGGAUAUAUAUUUAUAGCGUAGCAUAGGUGAUUGGGAAGCAGAAGGAUAAAGGAUAAAGGAGGUAAAUGGUCAAUAAGUAAAAGGUAAUAACUGUACUUGUGAACAAUUCAA